GGCGCUGGCCAUGGGCGGCCGCAGGCCGGGGGGAGGCCGGACUGAGCCCUGCUGAGCCCGCGGGGCUGGCCAUGGGCGACGGCGAGCGCAACAAGAAGCGGCUGCUGGAGCUGCUGCAGGCGGCGGGCACUGGCAACGCGCACUGCGCCGACUGCGGGACGGCGGAUCCCGACUGGGCCUCUUACAAGCUGGGCAUCUUCAUCUGUCUGAACUGCUCCGGAGUCCACCGCAACUUCCCAGACAUCAGCAAAGUGAAAUCUGUGAGACUUGACUUCUGGGACGACAGAAUUGUGGAGUUUAUGACCCACAACGGAAACCUCCGAGUGAAGGCCAAGUAUGAAGCCAGAGUCCCUGCUUUCUACUAUAUCCCCCAGGCCAGCGACUGCAUGGUCUUAAAGGAACAAUGGAUUCGAGCAAAGUAUGAGAGACAGGAGUUUAUGGCUGAGGGGAAAACAAUCUCACCCCCAGGUAACCGAGAAGGGUUCCUAUGGAAGCGGGGAAGGGACAACGCACAGUUCCUGAGAAGGAGGUUUGUCCUCCUGGCAAGAGAAGGCCUCCUGAAGUACUACACUAAAGAAGAGGGUAAAGGGCCCAAAGCUGUCAUCAGCAUCAAGGACUUGAAUGCCACCUUCCAGACAGAGAAGAUAGGGAACCCCCAUGGGCUGCAGAUCACCUACCGAAGAGAGGGCCACGUCAGGAACCUGUUUGUGUAUCACGAGAGUGGGAAGGAGAUAGUGGACUGGUUCAAUGCCCUCCGUGCAGCCCGUCUCCAAUACCUAAAAAUGGCCUUUCCUGAGCUCCCAGAGCCUGAGCUCGUGCCCCUCAUCACCAGGAACUACCUCAAGCAAGGCUUCAUGGAAAAGACUGGUCCAAAGCAGAGAGAGCCUUUCAAGAAAAGGUGGUUUGCCCUGGAUCCCCAGGAGCGGAGGCUGCUCUAUUACAAGAACCCGCUGGACGCCUUUGAGCAGGGCCAGGUAUUUCUCGGGAGCGAUGAGCAGGGGUACCAGGUGUAUGAAGACCUGCCUAAGGGCAUCCGAGGGAAUCGCUGGAAAGCCGGCAUCACCAUCGUCACCCCGCAGCGGAGGUUCAUCUUCACCUGCCCCAGCGAGAAGGAGCAGCGCGAAUGGAUGGAGAGUUUUCGGGAUGUCCUCUCCCGCCCCUUGACGCCCCUCAACCUCCUCACUGCAUCAACAGAGAGUGGCUACAGCAGCAGGUGACCCACUGGCCAGCCAGCGCACCUGGUGGGAAGGAGAAGUUUUCACCUUGGCCUUGGGGGCCCCGCAGGAGUGCCCCACAGUCGGCAGCUAUCAGGGGCUGUGAACUCUGCCAAGACCGAAGCUUUGGCCUUUAUCUGCCGGCUCUCUGGGCUUCCCCGCUACCUAGCUCUGGGGGUCUGAUGAUCUGGUAAAUGUUCUCAGGGCCCAGGACAUCUGAAAUGAAGGCAUUGCAAUGGAAAGGCACCCACAGCAUCACACAAGUGGCAUGCUUGCUGUAAACAAGAACAACAACAAUAAAAAGUUAAAUCUGAAUCUAACCAUGAGGAAACAAUCAGACAAGUCCACAUUAGAGAAAUUCUGCAAAACAACUGGCUGGACUCUUUAAGAAUGUCAGUAUCAUGAAAGAUCAAGUAGUCUGGAAACUGUUCUAGUUUAGAGAAGACUAAAGAGACAUAGCGACAAAAUGCAAUUCAUGAUUCUUGAUUGGAUCCUGGAUUUAAAAAAAACAGUUAUAAAGCAAAUCAUUGAGAUAACUGGGGAUAUUUGAAUAUGGAUGUAUAUUAGCUAGUAAUAUUGUAGCAUUGUGAUGAUUAUGCUGUAUUUGUGUAGGAGAACGCUCCUGAUCUUAGGGAAUAUGGGCUGAGGUGUUCAGGGGUAAAAUGUAAUCAUGUCUACAACUGACUUAAAUGGUUCAGCAAAAAAUGUGUAUGUGUACAUGUGUACAUAUAGAGUAUAUACAUGGAUAUAGUGUGUGUGCAUUUAUGUAUGGAAGACAGGAAGUCUGUGUGUAUACACACACACAUGCAUACACGGGGAGAGAGAGAAAGCGGGCCACUGUGCAAAAUGUUAGCAACUGAUGAAUCUAGAUGAAGUAUAGCUGGAUGUUUAUUGUCCAAUUCAUGUAAAUUUUCUAU